GUCAUUACUAGGAGUCCAUUAUUAACCCUUUUUGUAAACACUGUAAAAAAAAAAAAAGAUGGCUGGGCUAUGUGGGAAUCGCGUUGGAUUCACGUACCUGCCGACCCAUUUGUAUAUAUAAUCAUGUUGCAGGAAAACCCAUCACCCACGUUCCCUUGCGACCCGUUCGUCAUUGUGAGCGAUGCUAAAGUGUUUUGCAAAGUGUCUGUGAGGAACAGAAUGCGAGGGGUUAAUAGAGCUUGAGUUGAUAUAUGCUGUCUAGUGGAUAUUACGUCCUCAAAUAAGCAUCGUAUUCCUUCUGCGAAUUGUAAUUCUGACGAAAGUAGGCACAUCGGCACUUGAUUUGAUCAAGAGUUGUUUUGGGCGGAUUUGGUGUUUGCAAGGAGUUUGCUUUUGAAUUAGAUUCCACUGGGAAUUCAAUUCUGAUUCUCGCAGAGUUCGGGCUUCUCCUCCCUCUAUAUAUAAAUACAGAUCCCCAAAUUUUAUCAGGUGUCGGACCUUGGGAGUCUCCCUCGAUCAAAUCCACCCUCAAACUGAUCUCAGUUCAGCAUUUUCCCGCUCCGACUUACAUCCUGUCUCCUGAUUUUCGGUUUGCCGUGGGGGAACAAUGAAUGCGCUAGUAGCCACAAACAGAAACUUCAAACUGGCCUCUCGGCUCUUGGCUUUGGAUUCUAAGCUUGAGAAAAGCUUACUUAUCCCUUUCAGAGAAAUCAAGGUUGAGUGUACCAUUCCUAAAGACGAUGGUACCUUGGCAUCAUAUGUUGGGUUCAGAAUUCAACACGAUAAUGCCAGAGGGCCAAUGAAAGGAGGAAUCAGAUACCAUCCUGAGGUUGACCCAGAUGAAGUGAAUGCUUUAGCACAACUAAUGACAUGGAAGACAGCUGUCGCAAAUAUACCGUAUGGUGGUGCCAAGGGGGGAAUAGGGUGCAACCCUUCACAAUUAAGUGUGUCAGAAUUGGAACGGCUUACUAGAGUUUUCACCCAGAAAAUUCACGAUCUGAUCGGAAUUCACACAGAUGUACCCGCACCUGAUAUGGGAACGGGACCACAGACUAUGGCAUGGAUACUGGAUGAGUACUCAAAGUUUCAUGGCUAUUCUCCUGCAAUUGUGACUGGAAAACCUAUUGAUCUUGGUGGAUCUCUCGGCAGAGAUGCGGCCACAGGAAGGGGAGUCCUCUUUGCCACAGAGGUUCUGCUUAACGAGCAUGGGAAGAGCAUUUCUGGACAACGGUUUGUCAUCCAGGGUUUCGGCAAUGUGGGGUCGUGGGCCGCACAAUUGAUAAGUGAGAAAGGUGGGAAGAUAGUUGCCGUGAGUGACAUUACAGGUGCCAUAAAGAACAGCAAUGGAAUUGACAUACCAAGCCUGCUCAAGCAUUCCAGAGAGCAUCGAGGCAUUAAGGGAUUCCAUGGUGGUGAUCCAAUAGAUGCCAAAUCAGUAUUGGUUGAGGACUGCGAUGUUCUCAUCCCUGCAGCUCUUGGAGGAGUCAUUAAUAGGGAAAAUGCAAAUGAAAUCCAAGCGAAAUUUAUUAUUGAAGCAGCAAAUCACCCAACUGACCCAGAGGCGGAUGAGAUUUUGAAAAAGAAAGGGGUUGUAAUUCUUCCAGACAUAUAUGCAAAUUCAGGAGGAGUUACAGUUAGCUACUUUGAGUGGGUGCAGAACAUCCAAGGGUUCAUGUGGGAUGAAGAGAAAGUGAACAAUGAGCUAAAGACGUACAUGACAAGGGGCUUCAAAGAUGUGAAAGAGAUGUGCAAAACCCACAACUGUGAUCUUCGCAUGGGAGCCUUCACCCUCGCGGUUAACCGUGUAGCUCGGGCUACAGUCCUCAGAGGGUGGGAAGCUUGAUAUCAUCAUUCUAUGAUUGCUGCAGCAUUGAAUAAAAACUGAAGAAUCUUGACAUUCUGGUCUCUGUUAGCAUGACAAUUUUUUGUUGUUUUCAUGGCGAUGAGUGGAUUAUAACCUCCACCUCAGCUUUAUUAGGUUCAUUUAUGCCUUUUGAGUUAUCAAAACAAAAGGCAUGUCCGCCUAAUAUAAUUUAUUCACCUGUUAUGAUGUCAAUUUCCUUAAUCUGAAAUAAAAUUGCUAUAGACCCUCCGCGUGCGAGGCUUGUGUCAUCCAGAUCGCAACCGGUGGUUUUAGAAGCUAUGAAGAUGGAAUUGGUUUC